AUGUCACAGAGGAAGAGUAAGGGGAGUUUUUGGGAUUCUCGGUUCAGGAUGAGAAGAAGAAGGCAUCGGUUGAAGAAAGAAAAUAAUGGGAUACCAGAAACUGGGAGAAGAUCCAUCAAACAAGUACUCAGAGAGUACAGGGAUCGGCGCAGUGCUGGCUCAUUACACAACGUACAACUUUCAACAAGAAAUUUUAAGAGUUUUAAAACUAUUAAUUUCGAAAAUUCGAACCUGUCGCAUGCUGAAAAUUAUUCUGGCUCUGAGAUUGAUCCGAAGGUCUACUACAAACAGUCAUCGGCUCCUGUUGGGGGGGCAGAAUUGACUUAUCGGGAAGAGCGCUCGACGGAAUCAUUUGUGAUGAGGAACCUGCCGCGGGAACGGUCAGCUGUCAAUUCACAUUUUGAACCACUUAAAAUUCACGUAACAGAGACAAAAUCAGCACCAGAAUGCGUUGCCAGUGAGAAAAGUUACAAUGAGACUUCCAGACAUCUUCAUGAACCUUCAUUGUUAAAUUUUGAAACAAAUGCAAGGACAGAAACUUCACAAGAAUCAGUUCGAGCGUAUUUCCAUAACAAUACCGGUAAUUACAAUCAGCAUUUCGCACCUCGAUCUGAUACAGGCACCGUUUCGGUUGAAUCUGUAAUAAGCUCCACUCCCAGUGAUCAUCAAGUUGUUCCAGAGAAAAAUGGGAAUGGUGUGAUGAAAAAAAUCGAAUCUUCUAUCCUUUCAUUUUUUGGUUUUGGUUCAACCAAAGAGAGUUCGAUGCGGCAGACGAAUAAGUCCCAGAGUUCGACAGGACCCACGAGCGAUAGAAUUAUGUCUUUUUUCAGUUACCAAAGCGCAAAGGGAACCAACAAAUGGGAUUUUCCCACCAAUACAGCUACAGAAGAAAUAGACUACUCAAUCUACGGUAGCCACGCCAAGUAUUAUAUGUAA